GAGGAGGAGCUGACCCAGGCUUUGUCUUUGGCCAUAAAGAAACUUGUUGACCUGGGAUAGCACCCUUACCAAGAUCCAUGAACUGGGGAAUCUCAAAGCAAAACGGCAUGAUGACGUCCCCAUGUUCUAUGAGGUUACAGAGCCUGCUAAGGUGCUGCUGGAUGCAGGAGAGGAGAUUCCUUGUGACCUGAUGGCAAAUAUACUGAAGUUCCAGCUGCUACAGAUCAAAGCCCAUGAUCAGCAGAGGAGGGAAACCGAGCAGGUUGUGCAGCCUCCUCUCUCUACAGAUGUGGACAUGCGUUACUAUGGCAGCCUACUCGACCUGGUUCCCCCUGAAGCCUGCUCUGUGCCUCUAAUCAUGCACUGUAUGGUGCAGCAGGUGGAGAUUUCAACAGAGCAGUAUUUGUCACGUGCGACUGAGGAGCCCAAACUUCACGAUGGUCCCGGGUUAGACUUUGAGCUGGUCAGCUUCAUGCUCCAAAGCUUCCUGCCUCUGGUCCACACCGAAGAGGAGAGAAGCCACAUGUUAAAAAGCUUGCUGACUACUGCACAAAAUGAAGAAGACCAGAAGGUCCAACGAUUCUCACUGAAGAUCCUGGUAACACAGAGGAAGUACCUGGACCAUGUGGCAGAUCGCAUUUCGGAUUGGACAAAAGAGGAAGAAUUAAAGAGAGAGGCAAUGCAACUCAGAAGUGUAGGCCCUGCUGAGGCUCCAAAUGAUGAAAAGGCUACAGAUUCUGCAGAGGAGGAGGUCACUUUGGAGCCAGUCAUCAGAAAAGGCUCCCUUAAAGCCUGGAAGUUGGAGCAGGAUCAGCUAAAGGUGGAGGAGAUGGCCAAGAAAUCAAAGAAGGAGAGUACACCGAAAGGCAAGCAGCAGCAGAAGGAGGAGGCUAUGUCGACAGUCAAUAAGAAAAGUAAAACUUUGCCUAGUGGCAAGAAGAGCAGAGCAGAUACAGCAGGCAGCUCAGCCAGGACUCACACAGAGUCCAUUACUACCACUGCGCCCCCUGUGGGGGGAAACCAAGAACUGCAUCCCUCAGAGGAGCCCGUCAAUGGUUUCACAGGCUACAGCAUGGACGGAAAGUUGAUCCAUGUCUCAGGUCGUCGCCAAUACCUUUUCCCGUUGUAGGAUUAUUUUUAUCCAGUGGUGGAAUGUAACGGAGUACAUUCAUAAAUCUCUACUUGUACUUCACUACAUCUCAGAGGCAAAUAUAGUAAUUAAUACUCCUCUACACUCGUCUUGACAGCUUCAGUUACUUUUCAGAUUACAAUUGUU